GCAAGCAAGAUACAAAACACACGAAACCACAGUAACAAGUAUCAUUUAUUGGCGUAACCUUGAGUAUGUGAAUUUAAAGCAUGAUUCGCUAUUUUAAAUUUGCAAUUCAUUGUUUUUGUUAAGAAUCCGAAAAUAUUAAUACAUUUUAUCGGAUAAAUAAGUAAUUUUUUUGUUAAAUAAAAUAGUGAAAAGUGAAAAGUGAAUCAAAAAUGGGUUUCGUAGGAAAAUUAGUGUUCAUAAUUUCCUCGAUUUUCGUGUUAUUUUCGGCAAAGGUAAUAAAGGAUCUUUUCGAUGUUCCUCCUGUACCUCAACUAGAAGAACGUUGGUGGGGCGCGGGAUCUCCAAAAGAAAGUAAUGAAGCGAUAGUGCCGUUUAAAAUUGAUAUACCACAAAAGAUAUUGGACGAUUUACAAUUGCGUUUAAAAAAUCAUAGACCAUUCGUCCCACCAUUAGAAGGAGUUCAACAGCAUUACGGAAUGAACACAGGUCUUCUCAGUGAAAUUGUAGACUUUUGGAUAAACAAGUACAACUGGCGAGAACGCGAAAAGUUUCUGAACAAGUUUCCGCAAUUCAAAACUGAAAUACAAGGACUCAAUAUACAUUUCAUUCACGUCAAACCAUCAUCUUCAUUGCCAAAAAAUGUACGGGUCUUGCCAAUAAUAUUAUUUCACGGGUGGCCAGGAUCCGUCAGAGAAUUUUAUGAUGUAAUUCCUCUUCUAACAAAGCCACAAAGUGGAAGAGACUUUGUUUUUGAAGUUAUUGUUCCAUCUUUACCAGGAUACGGUUUCUCCGACGCUGCAUCGAAACCAGGAUUUGGGCCGGCCCAAAUGACGCAAAUAUUUAAUAAAUUGAUGAAUCGAUUGGGUCACAAAAAGUACUACAUCCAAGGAGGCGAUUGGGGCGCUCUAAUUGUUAGCAUCAUGGGCGUAUUGUACCCAGAAAACGUACUAGGUCUACACUCUAAUGCGUGCAGUUUUGUAAACAGUGCAAUAACAAGAAUACAGUUGCUAAUAGGAAGCGUUUUUCCUUCUUUAAUAAUUGAAGAUGACCACGAGAAAUCAAUAUACCCCUUGUCCGAAACGUUUUCGUUUAUGCUAACAGAAUCAGGAUAUUUGCAUAUCCAGUCUACCAAACCAGAUACCGUUGGAGUUGGUCUAAAUGAUUCCCCGGUCGGUUUAGCCGCUUACAUUAUUGAAAAAUUCUCAACGUGGACCAACAAAAAUUGGAGGGAUAAAGAAGAUGGAGGUCUUCAGCAAAAAUUUACGUACACUGAUUUGCUUGAUAACGUCAUGAUAUACUGGGUGACCGGAAGUAUAACGACAUCAGUGAGGCUGUACUCUGAAAAUUUCAACAAACAGCAAAUGUCUCUAAAUUUAGACAGCAUACCUGUAACAGUACCGGCAGCUUGUGCAAAGUUCAAAAACGAAUUAAUUAAUCUUCCAAAUAAGGUCAUAAGGUCAAAAUACGUAAAUUUGGUGCAAUCAAAUUACUACAAUGAUGGAGGGCAUUUUGCAGCCUUCGAACUACCUCAAAUUUUAGCAAACGACGUAUGGGCCGCAGUUGCCAAAUUCGAAGAAAUCAACAAGGGAACAAAUACAAACAAAACAUAACCUUUUAUACAUAUUUUUAUACACAAUCUUUGAAAAUAAAAUAUUAUAAAUAUAA